GCAACCCUAUCUGCAGUCUUCCAGUAAAGCGUGCUAGUGUGGAGUGAGGAAGCGGGGGCGAGUGUGAGGGCAGAAGACACCAGAUACAGCCUGGAUUUCAGUCCAGGCUGACUUUUUUAGAGGAUUCAAGGCUGGGGAACAGAACCAAUAACGUCUGUGCUGUGAAAUUUGGGAGUUUGUUGGGUUCAAACCCUCCAUUACUUACCUUCUGGCUGGUUUGGUGCACAGGCACUCAUUCCAUACGCAUCCAUUGCAAUGCAGGUCUGAACAGAUCUGAGUAGAGAUCAUCUGUAGGACCAGACCACCUGAGCUGAUCUUUUUUUGUUUUGUUUUAAACAAACACCAGGAACUGCGUCUCUUUUUUUUUUGUUUGUUUUUUAAUUGAGGAGAACAAGCUUCCAGGCUGUCAGCAUUGCUUCUGCCCUGGCUCUCAAUGGAGAGCUGUGGUCGGGACUCUCCCUGGGAUUAGGACAGAGCAGGAACCUGUGAGGAACCUCGACGCCAGACUGAGAUCGAGUCAGAAGUCUCGCUAUGGAUUUCAGCGAAGCACCAGCGUUGUGGAUCGUGUGCUUGUGCUUGCUCUGGGGCUGCCGAGCCGACAAGCUCGGUCAAGUCGGCACAGAGCCCCAACAACUUGACAAUGAUCUGUGCCGCAUCGACGAGCCGCUGUGCCAAGACGAAAACGCCAUCCUCAGUUUCGAGGCCAUCCGGAGCAUCCACAAACAGAUGGACGACGACGCCAAUGGGAACGUGGACGUCGCCGAGACGGACGGGUUCCUGAGAGAGGACCUGAACUACCACGACCCCAAAGCCAAACACAACACUUUUCAUGGGGAUGACCAGUUCAUCAGUGUGGAGGACCUGUGGAACGCAUGGAAGAGCUCCAAAGUGUAUAACUGGACCGUGGACGAGGUGGUGGACUGGCUGGAAGCCUACGUGGAGCUGUCGCAGUACGCAGAGGCUUUCCGCAAAAUGAACUUCAACGGAACCUCAAUGCCUCGUCUGGCUAUGAAGAACUCUACUCUCAUGGUGAGCGUGCUGAAGAUCCUGGACCGCAGUCACAGUCAGAAACUUCAGCUGAAGGCUCUGGACACCGUUCUGUUUGGCGCCCCCAUGAUGAACAGCCACAACCAUCUGAAGGACUUCAUGCUGGUGGUGUCGAUCGUCAUCGGGAUGGGGGGCUGCUGGUUCGCGUACAUCCAGAACCGCUACUCCAGAGACCACAUGAAGAAGAUGAUGAAAGACCUGGAGGGGCUGCAGAGGGCCGAGCAGAGCCUCCAUGACCUCCAGCAGAAGCUGCGAAUCGCCCAGGAGGAGCACCGCACCGUGGAGGUGGAGAAGGUCAACCUGGAGCAGAAACUCCGGGACGAGAUCAACUCCGCCAAGCAGGAAGCUCAGCGUCUACGCGAGCUGCGCGAGGGAACGGUGAACGAGCUCAGCCGCCAGAAAUACGCAGAGGAAGAGCUGGAACAGGUACGUAUGGCCCUGAAGAAGGCAGAGAAAGAGCUGGAGUCGCGCAGCAGCUGGUCUCCACCUGACGCUCUGCAGAAAUGGCUGCAGCUCACACACGAGGUGGAGGUGCAGUACUACAACAUCAAGAAGCAGAACGCCGAGAAACAGCUGCUGAUCGCCAAAGAGGGGGCAGAGAAAAUAAAGAAGAAGCGGAACACACUGUUCGGGACGUUUCACGUGGCACACAGCUCCUCACUCGAUGAUGUGGAUCACAAAAUCCUGGCAGCGAAGCAGGCUCUGGCGGAGGUAACAGCUGCCCUGCGGGAGCGACUGCACCGGUGGCAGCAGAUCGAGAUGCUGACUGGUUUUACAGUAGUGAAUAAUCCUGGUCUGCCCUCACUGGCCUCCGCCCUCAACCUCGACCCCAGCUUCGUGGGCGGACGCGCCACAUCUCAACCCUUCAUCAUGUCCGAAGACAUGGACGACAUGGACGAGGACAUCGUGGCGCCCGGUUCUUUGCAAUCUCCCAGUAUGCUAUCUCUUCGCCAGAGGCACAUUGACCCCCAGCUGGCCAUGGGCUCUCAGAGGUUGGUAGAGAGCAGCCACUCGUUCGGAGGGCAUCAGGGGGAGGGCAUUUCAUACCCGCCGUCCCGGCCCAGGCCCAACCUGCACCAGUCUCAUGGCCAGAUUGACAAGCUGGGCUUCGCUGCCUCUCACCCGUCCAUUUUCUCCUGCUCCUCCUCUCCUCCUUAUUCAUCCUCCUCAUCCUGCUCAUCCUCCUCAGUCUCGUCUUCUGCUCCCCAUUCCUUCUUCUAUCACUCGUCCACCUUUCAGCCAAUGGACCCCAUCCCUGACUCGCCCCCGCGCCGCAGUCGAAGCCACGGGGAUUUGAAUAGGUCCGACUCGGACUCCUCCCUGUCCGUGUCUCAGACCAGCGAGCAGCUGCGCCUGUCUCUGAGCUCCAGGAAUCCUCCUAUGAAGCCUACGUCUCUCUAUCACGGUUCCCACUCACGUUCCGAGGAUUCCGCUCCGUUCCACUCGCCCAACGGAGGAAACAGAGUCCCAGACUCCUUCGGCUCUCCGGACGGCACCCUGGACAGCCCCAUCCUGAUGAAAAAGAUCUACGGCAUGGGCAAGUCGGCCAGCAUGAGCGAGAUCCACGGCUCCGUGUCAGAUUCAUCACGCUCUUUGAGCCAGAACUCGACUGAGCCGGACACGCCAUCUCCCAUAGGGCUUCAUGGGACAGCAUCGCUGAAGGGCGUGAGCCGCAUCCCUCAGGUCUCGGCGAAGAAAAGUCCGUUGGAGGAGGACAGUGCCUCCAUGAGUGAAGACACUGACUCCACCAGCCGCAAGAAACACACCCCGUUCAAGAUCUUCAAGAAGCAGAAGAAGUAAGGAGGGUUUAGUUACUGUUCCAAAUAAAAUAAUUUAAUUACAAAAAAAAAGAAAAAUUAUAAUUCAUCUGUACUCCAUUAUCAAGAUGGACGUCCUGAAAUAUUUACAUAACGGCACACAAAUGCCUCAGCGAGGAUUUUGGAGGUACGUCUCAUCUGGGACUCGAGGAGAAGCCGUCCUCCAUGUUGGUUUUCUUCCUCUUUUUCUCAGUCUUGUUCAGUUUCUCUUCAGAGGGAUUGAACUCCGGGAUGUCGGCAGAAAGUGGGAAUGUAAAGUUAUUUAUUCUAAAGAAUUCAGUGCCACAUCGUUUCUCUACGUGGACUCUCUACGUUAUUUUUUUUUGUGUUGUUGUUGUUCGUUUUUGUUCCCUCCUGAUCGUCCCAGCUUGCAUGUUCUUGGCUGAAAUUUUUCGAAUGCUCUUAAAUGUUUGCUCAGUUCUCGUUUACUGCAGCUUGUAACACCAAAAUAUCCGGUGUUUAUUAUCUGUUUCGGAAAACCCACUUUGUGCUUUGUUGGUUUUUUUGUGUCCUGGGACAUUUUUAUUAGCAGUGUGUGUGAGAUCAGUACUAAAAAAAAAACCAGAGGAGCAACAAAAAACAAAAAAAACAAAAAAAAUGAAAAGAAACUAAUAAGAAAAGGGCUGAAUCAUGUUCGUGAACUCCUUCAGUCUAUUGCACUACUGCUGAAUGUCACACAGUUCGUUUUUCAAUCAUUUUAAAGGUACCUCUAAUACAGACGUUUUCAAGUUGUUCUAAAAAAAACAAAAAAACACAAAUACAAAAUAAGGAACAAGAAAAAAAACUGUAAACGGUCUCGAUCAUUCCAGUUGGUUUCUUUUUGAGGACCUUUAUAUUUUUUUUUUUAUUUACAGUCUAAAAGGGUUGUUAAAAAUCGCAUCAAUGCCUUGUAGAUAAAUUCUAAAUACACUAUAUGGAUACAACACUUGUCGACACCCGACCAUAAUGUUAUUAUGUGCUGCUUUUAUUGAACAUCCCAUUCCACAUUAUUCCCUUAUUCCUGUUAUAACUAACCUCCGCUUUUCUGGGAAGAUGUUCCUCUAGAUUUUGUGGAGAUUUGUGCUCAUGCAGAGACCAGGGUUGUUCGUAAAGUCAGGUACUGAUGCAGGUGAGGAGGUCUUAGGAACAGUCCGAGUUCACGUUCAUCGUGUUCAAUAGGGUUGAGAUCAAAGCUCUAUAGCAGAAGAUCUUUCAUUCCAAACCUAUGAAAAGCAUAUUUUUUGUGCACAGGGGCAUUAUCAAGCUGGAACAGGUUCGGCUCGCCUAGUUUGGGUGAACCUUUCAUGCUCCAGCAUCCAAUUUGUGUACCUUUUUAAAUUUGUUGGAAUAGUUUGAGGAAGAAGCACAUACGACUGAAAAAGGCUGGUGUCCCAAUACUAUUGUCCAGUAUAGUGUAUAGUGAAAGUAAUGAAUGAGUUUAUGAAAGACCCAUCUCGUGUAUUAAAAAAAAAAAGUCAAAGUGCCAAACCAAAGAUGGGACUCAAUAGCCAAAUGCUAUAGUGUGAUUAUGAUGUCUCGAAUAGCUCUCGAAGAGAAAACACUCUGUAUCAGUUUGGUGUUUAUGAGGACCUGUAGCGUCCUCAUAAACCUGUACCUGUGACAACUGGAAAAAAAACGAAAUAGUGUAUACACAAGAUUUAUAAAAUCUCCAGCAGGUGAGAGUUGUGAAGCCGAAGUAACGAGGGAUCAGACGUGACCUAAGCGACGAUAGGUUGUUAUAGCGAUGACGAGUUUAAAGCUUCGGUUUUACCUGAUGAGUUGUCAGAAAGAAAGGUAGGUACCAGGUCUGAUUGCAUUGAUCUUCCAACCUGUCGCCUGGAAUUUAGUUGGUAUAAUGGGGAUGUUGUAGUUCAGUGGGUUACUAAUUAGAAGGUCGGGGGUUUGAGCAACAGUGUUGCCACGGUGCCACUUUUGUACUCUUGAUCAAGGCCCUGAACGUUCUGUGCUCCAAGGACACUGUAUCAUUGCUGACCUGAACUUCCUAACAUCGCUAGGAUAUGCUAAGAAAGAAUUUCACUGUGCUGUAAAGUACAUGUGACCUAAUAAAGAGCAUCUUUACCAUUUAAUGGCAAGUGAGCUGUUGCCAAAGCUGUUCACAGAAAGUAUGAGCCGUCGUAGUCUUGAUAUAACAAGGGCCAGGUGCUACAAAGCUGACAAAGCGGAGUCACCAGUCAUACCACUGUUGAGGUGAGAUGUUCCACUUUUUUAUUUUGAGAUUCAUUCAGCCACAAGGGUGUUAGUUAAGUCAGGUACUGAUGUAGGUGAAAAGGUGAGAGGAGGCUGGGGUGCACGUUCAUCCCAAUACGGUUGGAGCUCUUUAGCAGGAGAUCCUUCACUCCAACCCAUGAAAAGCAUAUCUUCAUGGAGCUGUCUUUGUGCACAGGGGGCGCUGUCGUGCAGGAACAGGCUUGGGUCUCAGAGUUCUAGUGAAGGGAACAUUUUUAUUCUCCAGCAUCCAGAGACAUCGUAUACAUUUGCAUGCCUCCAACUUUGUGGUAAAAAUUUUGGAGAAGUGGUGCAGAGUUUAUAAUUAGAGAUUUAGAAGCUGUUAUGCAAGGCUUAUGUGUAGGUUUAUGUGUCCCUGUGAACACCGACAUGCUCAUUAGGGACAAACGUACACUAUCUGUGUAAAGUGCUUUACAAAUAAAAAUGAAUUGAAUUGAAUUGAACACCAUCAUUGAGCCAAGAGUUUGUGGUGGUUUGUUUAUACGAAAUUGACGUUUUAAGAAAAAGAGAAAAAUGCCGGCUUUUUUUUUUUUUUUUUUUUUUUUUUAAAGUU